GAUUGUAAUCAGCGUCAUGUCGGAUUCAUGUAAACUACAACAUUGUAACAAAAUGGCGACUGUUUAGGUGACAUCAGUAAUGCUGGCAACGCUGUCAUUUAUCUGCUCAACUCGGCGGAACGCAACUCCGGAUUUGAUCUGGGAUUGAAUAAUUAAAGCUCCAGGUCAGCGGGUAACUACCAUUGUGGAAUUUACCAGUGCCAACUUUUCCUCAAGCUCUAUGUCAGAUACCCAGGAUUGAGAAGAAGUAUGUGGAUGCUGGUGUGGAACAUAACUUUUUGACCUUAUUAAGGAUGUGGAUGUACCCAGUGUUCAGCAGCAGAAAGGGGGAAUCUUUAUGGAUCACAUUUUUGUGUGUCUAAUUGUUCAACCAUGGUAAAACUUGCAAACCCUCUGUACACGGAGUGGAUUCUUGAAGCAAUACAGAAAAUCAAAAGGCAAAAGCAGAGGCCCUCAGAGGAGAGGAUUUGUCAUGCGGUGGCCACAUCGCAUGGGCUGGACAAGAAAACCGUCCUUGAGCAGUUGGAAUUAAGUGUUCAUGAUGGCUCUAUUCUCAAGGUUACAAAUAAAGGGAGCGCCUCCUACAAGGACCCAGGAAAUCCCGGGAGAGUUGGAUCAAUCCCGCCUGCAAACGUGUCUGUGCCAUCAAAGGAAUCUAUAUGGAAUUCAAGCGAUCUGCGCCAUAUUGAUUGGAAUAAAAUACUUAGGAGGGCCAUUGAGGGCCUGGAUGAUACCCAUGGCUCCUCACUAAAAAACAUCGAGAGGUAUCUGAGGAACCAGGAUGACCUCUCAGUCAUUGUUGAUAACCCUGCUUUCCGGCAAAGGUUACGGCUGGCGGCCAAGCGGUCGGUUAACAACGGCAAGUUGUUAAAAAAUGGCCCGCGGUACAAGCUCAGCAAUGGCAGUGCGGACGGAAGGGGCUCCAGGUGUCCGAGUACUUCCUCCUUGGUCCUGUCAUCAGUGACACUCCUCCCCCAUGAGCGAGACCAGCUCCGGGUUGACCCCAUCCCAAUAUGCAGUUUCUGUCUUGGAACGAAAGAGUCAAAUCGGGACAAGCGGCCAGAAGAGCUGCUAUCCUGUGCAGACUGUGGGAGCAGUGGGCAUCCAUCAUGUCUGAAGUUUUCCCCCGAAUUAACCUCAAAUGUGAAGAGAUUACGGUGGCAGUGUAUUGAAUGCAAAACCUGCAGUUCCUGUAGAAUACAGGGGAAAAAUGCUGAUGAGAUGCUAUUCUGCGAUUCAUGUGAUCGGGGCUUUCACAUGGAAUGCUGCGACCCGCCGCUUUCAAGAAUGCCAAAAGGAACCUGGAUCUGCCAAGUCUGCAGGCCAAAGGAGAAUGGGAAGAAACUGCUGCACCAGAAAGCCGAUCAGAUCAAACGUCGAUAUGCAAAGCCAAUCGGAAGGCCCAGAAAUAAGCUCAAACAAAGAAUCUCUGUAACCAGUGGUGACGGCUGCGUGGUACCACUUGGAGGAAGGGGGUCACCUGACCACAACGGGGAACUGCGUGUCAAGCAGGAGGCCCAAACGGACUUUGCGGCCAUGUCCAGAGACCACGUCACAGAGGAGGACAUUGAGACAUUCACACGUGUCCAGGAACUCGCUGUGCAGAGAACUGGUUCUCUGAUGAACGCAGACUCUGUGCGAUGCCCUGCCGUUAUUGAAUUCGGGAAGUAUGAGAUUCAAACCUGGUACUCGUCGCCUUACCCGCCUGAAUAUUCAAGAUUACAAAAGCUUUAUCUGUGCGAGUUCUGCCUGAAGUACAUGAGAAGCAAAAACAUUCUCCAGAGACACUCAAAGAAGUGUGGCUGGUUCCACCCGCCAGCCAAUGAAAUCUACAGAAAGGAUGACCUUUCUGUAUUUGAGGUUGAUGGAAAUGUCAGCAAACUAUUCUGCCAAAACCUCUGCCUGCUAGCCAAGCUUUUCCUGGAUCACAAGACCUUGUAUUAUGAUGUGGAGCCUUUCCUCUUCUACAUACUUACAAAGAAUGAUGAGAAAGGCUGUCAUCUUGUGGGCUAUUUCUCCAAGGAAAAGCUUUGCCAGCAGAAGUACAAUGUCUCCUGCAUAAUGAUCAUGCCUCAGUACCAAAGGCAAGGAUUUGGAAGGUUCCUUAUUGAUUUCAGUUACCUUCUCACCAGGCAAGAAGGACAAGCCGGCUCCCCGGAGAAGCCGCUGUCAGAUCUGGGUCGCUUAUCCUACCUGGCAUAUUGGAAAAGUGUCAUACUGGAGUACCUUUAUAAGCACCAAGAUAAACACAUCAGUGUUAAAGGAAUAAGCAGGGCCACUGGGAUGUGUCCACAUGACAUAGCCGCUACUCUCCAGCAGCUCGGCAUGAUUGACAGACAGGAUGGCAGGAUUGUGCUGAUCAGAAGAGAGCGAUUGAUUCAGAGGCACAAGGAGAGGCUGAGGGCUAACCCACGUCACAACGAGGUGGACCCCGACGCCUUGCGCUGGACACCUUCCUCGAGUCUCAGCGCUGUCCUGUCUGAGGAGGAGCGGGAGGCAGAGAUGGAUGCUGAGCGGCUGAAGGAGCAGGCCAGUUGCUGGGAGAAAGAGGAGGUAGAGGGCUACAUGAUGACUCACGGUAGCAGGCAACCUCUCACAAAGGUCCACUGCAAGGUUCCUUACAGGACCUAUGAACGCCGCCCUGCACCUUCCUGGACCCGGCGCAUCCAGCAGUCGGAGGAAGCUAGUGAUGACGAAGCUGAUGACGACGACGAUGAUGACUACGAUGGCGCACCACCCAUCCUGACGAAAGCCCAUGCAAUGCUUGCAGCCAAAAGAAAGAGAACCAUUGUGCUCAAGAAGAGAGGGCGUAAAAGAAAGAGAAUAAACAGCAGUGUAACAACAGAAACCAUCUCUGAGACGACUGAGGUGCUGAACGAGCCCUUUGACAACUCAGAGGAUGAGCGUCCUAUGCCGCUGCUGGAGCGCACCUGCAGAGUGGGCGAGAUGGAAGAAGAGGAGGAGGAGGAGGAGGAACAGGAGGACAAGCAACCGAUUAUACCGAUGAAACGGCGGCGAGGUCGCCCGAGGCUGGAGAAAAAUGCACAGAAAGACGAUCUUGAACACUGGAACGAAGGAGCUGACGUCCUCUCUAAGAGACCUGGCAGACCCCGUCCAGUGAAACGGAAGAAAGGCUGGCCCAAAGGAGUGAAACGUGGCCCUCCUAAAUGGAGACUAAAGAAUGAACGAAAGAUAGGCUUCAAGCUCAACCUUUACACACCCCCUGAAACCCCUAUGGAAGCGGAGCAGCACCAUAUUCAGACUGAAGAAGCGAAAGGUGAACCAGACCAGGAUCUUGUCAGUGCAGACGAGGGCAGCAAAGCAGGUAGAGGCCUGGCUAGCCCAGAUAUAACGCUAGAGAGGCUCCCCUCUGAGCCCCCGAGUCCCGCUGACCAUGGCUCCCAGAAGUCAAGCUCCCCUGAAGGAUCACCGGUAGCCUCUCCAUUGUGCUCACCUGCCGCCUCUCCUGGCGCCAUUUCCCCCAGGCCUGAGGAUAGAGUUGAUUCCCCAGAACCACCUGAAGAUGACCAGCAAGAGAGUGAACAUGAGCAGGAGUUCCCAGCCAAAGGCGUGGAACACAGCACAGAGGGUGCUGUUUCACUGGAGAAUGACAACGAGGAAGAUGAUGAGGAAGAUGAGCAGAGAACUCAAAUAGAGGAUCAGGAUGCAGAUGAUGAAGAUGACAGCCACAGCAAGGCAGCAGAACCUGAGAGCAGCAAAGCAGAGUCGGAGCAGAGUUCAAAAGAAAUAGCCAAAUGCGCCCCACCUUUUUUAGAUCCAAAAGAAGACAAUGACUCUGAGUUGAGUCAGCAGGUUUCUGCAGUACAAUGUAGUGAUGAGCAACCAGCUACCGCUGCAGAAAGCAUCCAAGAGGCAGUGACAGACACAACAGUAGCAACACCACUACCCGAAGCAGUAGCUGUCGCUUCAGUAGCAGCCGUAGACUCUGAUAACCCUGUAGUCUCUGAGUCAGAGGAAGAAAGCACGCCCAGUCCUUGCCCGGAUCACCCACCUCCUCAGCCUGCAGAGAGGCAAACACUCAGUCCCGUGCUGAGGGAGGAUCCCCCAAUCUGCACAGAGAUUGACUCAGAGACAGCCCAAGCUGUUCAGUCCCUGACGCAGGAGACUGAGCGGGAGACUGUUUUCCAAGACUGUGUGGAGAGCCAGGAGCCCUGCAGGAGCCUGCAGACCUACGCCCAUGUGGCCCAGAGCCCCCAGCUCACCUCGCUGGAUGACUGCCCCCAGUCAGACCACAGCAGCCCCCUUUCCUCCGCACAAUCGCAUCCCAGCCAGUCCGUACGCUCUGUUAACAGCCCGGCUGUCUCCAUCCUGGAGAGCGGCUACACUCAGAUCAGCCCUGAUCACAGUGCCAUCUCAGUGCCCUCGCUCCACAACAUGGAGACCAGCCCCAUGAUGGAUGUGCCGUCCGUGUCAGAUCACUCGCAGCAGGUGGUGGACAGCGGCUUCAGCGAUCUGGGCAGCAUCGAGAGCACCACCGAGAACUACGAGAACCCCAGUAGCUACGACUCCACCAUGGGGGGCAGCAUCUGUGGGGCAGGCCCCUCCCAGAACAGCUGCUCCUAUGGCAGCAUCCCCCCCAGUGGCCUGGCCCAGAGCAGCUGUGCUGUGAGCCAGCAAAUGGCUGCCGUAAACCCCGGCAGCUGCGGGAUGAUUCAGCAGAACAGCCUGAGCUCGCCGCCGCACUGCAAUGUCAAGUCGCCACAGGGCUGCGUGGUGGUGGAGAGGCCUCCCAGCAACAGCCAGCACAGCCAGCACAGUCAACACAGCCAGCGCAGCCAGCACAGCCAGCACAGCCAGCACAGUCAACACAACUCCCACAGCAGGCACGGCCCACACAAUCAGCACAGCCAACACAAUCAGCAUGGUCCACACAAUCAGCUAAGCCAGCACAGUCAACACAAUCCCCACAGCCAGCACAGUCACCACCACAGUCACCACCUGCAGCACAAUCAGCUCAGCCAGCACAAUCAACACCCUCAGCAUAGUCUUCACAAUCAGCACAGCCAGCAGCAGCCCAUGGCCCAGUGCGCCAUACCCACCAAUUUCACCACCACCAUGCAGCUGGCAGACAUUCCUGAAUCUGGCAACCCAAAUUUCGCCCUCUACGAGAGGAUCAACCACCAGGGGGAGUAUGGCAGCGGGCACUACUCUCAGUCGUCUGGCCUCAGUCUGGCCAAGCUGCAGCAGUUCACCAACACAUUCAUAGACCACCCUCACUCGCUGCCUUUCAACCACUCGGCCUCACACCCCAUAACAUCUUAUGCAAACACCCCUUCGCUAUCAUCGCAGCAUUCCAGCCUGGUCUCCUUGUCUCAGACCCCACAUCGAGUCCCCAACCCACAGGUGCAGGCCACCAUGACCCCUCCCCCGAAUCUCAGCUCCCCACCACCCAUGAUGCUGCAGCGCAACAUGGGCAUCUCGCCGUCGCAGCGGAUCCAGCCCCAAAUGGCCUCCAAGAGUCACAUCUCUGCACGCUCCAAGUCAGCCCCGCUGUCGCACCACCAGCAGCAGAUGUACGCCCGGCCGCCGCAGACUGUGGCCAUGCAGGCACCAUCCAGGACACUGGCCGCCAUGCCGCGCAUGAACAUGAGUGUGAACAUCAUGCCGGCACCAGCCUACAACGUCAACUCCAUGAACAUGCCCUCCCUCAAUGCCAUGAAUGGCUACAGCAUGAGCCAGCCCAUGAUGAACAGCGGCUACCAUGGCAACCAUGCCUAUAUGAACCAGUCACCCCAGUACUCUAUGCAGAUGGGCAUGAUGGGAACACAGCCAUACCCCCAGCAGCCCAUGCAGGCUCCACCACAUGGCAACAUGGUGUACACUCCAGCUGGUCACCAUGGUUACAUGAACACAGGCAUGUCCAAGCAGUCCCUGAAAGGGCCUUUCAUCAGGCGGUAACUCGCCGCAGGACUGAGCUGGUUCUUCUCAUGUGCAUUUUGCUGUUUAAAGAUGCACUGAUCUGGCCUUGUUUUCUUUUUUGGUGUAUUUUUUGUUAUUGUUUAUUACUUAAAAACCAGCAGCAGCACUUGGAAAGAAUGCAAAAAUUUUCAUCAGUGAGUAAACUUUGAAGCUAAUGUUAAAAAGUAUUUUUGUUCCUCCAGAUGGGAAGCCUUACAUCAUUACGAUGAAAAUCUAUUUAAUUAGUGUUAGUGUCUCUGAUGUGUCUUUAGAGCAGGCGGGUUCAGAGCUCAGAGGUAGAGAUUUCAUCAGUGGUCUUGCAGUCGUGUAGCAGCCUCAAAUGAAGCCAUUUAAUGUGCCUGCUACAAGUGGAGUUAGUGGCUGUUUGAACCUGUUCAGUGUACCUGUCUAACAGUGCUGACAAUUAGUUUGUACUAUACUCAUGCCUUUGUAUAUUUAAAUUAUUGUACUUAUUUUGUAAAGUGACAACUAGCAUGCUUCAGUCUCUGUUAGUGACAGUGCAUUGAGUAGUACUGUACAAGUGUUGUGCUUAAUAGCAAGCCAUUUUAAAGAUAUCUGGCCUUUAUUAGGUUUCCCUCCACAGGGAGAAAGAUGAAACUAUAUUUUGUUAAUUCUAAUAAUGUAAAAAAAAAAUGUAAACUUAGUCCUGUUUUCUGUUCGGUUUGAGAGGUUUUAUUGCUAUGUAUGUAUAAUUCUGAAGUCUUUUGUAACAGAUCUCCUUGAGGCAGCUUUCUGUUUAAUAAAGCAGACUGAUUUCUGUCAAAAUAACAAAGCAUAUCUCAGUGUUUGUACCCUGAAAAUUCUAAAACAUUUCAAAAUGUCCAGAAGUGUGGCAGAAUUUAAAAGAACUAAAUGAUUAUAACAAUGAAUAACAAUAAAGAAAAUAUAAAUUUAGUCCAAAGUUGAUAUUUUACAUAAUGCCUUUAAAGCUACGUUUUCAUUCCAUCUGUAGAUUUGUUUUCUAUCUUUAUAAAAUGUUGGAUUUAUAUUUUACCGAAGUGUAGAAGAAUAGAGCCUGUGAAUAGACCAAACUAAGCUAAUGGAUUGCAUGUAAAACGCAACUUGUACUUGUGUUUUUGUUUAUAUUGCUCUUUUGUAGCCUUUGUACCUGUACAGAGUUGCUGGUAAGAACAGGGGGGGGAAAAACCUGGCUAUGUGCACAAAAAUCGGACAGAAUGACAUUCUUGUAUUUAUGACUUUUCUCCUUUUGUCAGUCACUUAAAAUGCUGUACAUUUUAGCAUAAGAAUAAAUUAUGAUUGACCAUGUACAUGAUUGUUCUCCUUUAAUUUGCUAGCCUGAGGGUGUGUCACAGAACGAGAAUGCAGUGAUACGAUUCAGUGAUAUUUUUUUUUUCAAUUUGUGGUAAUCCAAGCCGCUGUUUUCUAAAAGUAUUUUAAAAUAAAAGGUGUAAG